AUGCAAUUUCCUAAUUUUGGAGUAAUGCUACUUCCAGAUUACACGGAAGGUCAAGCUGACCUUUCCACUCUCGAAAAGUCGGUUCUGUUAUCAGCGCCCAUUAUAUUAAGUGUUAAAAGUGGAGAAUGGGUUCAUCAGCGCAUCUUGUUGAUAUAUGGUCGAGCGGGUGUUAUAGAUUUUCCAGCAAACUGUAGUAUCACUGUAAGCCACCAUAAAAAUAACUUUCCUUCAACUUGUUGGCCUGUUUAUCGUACCCACUUCAAAUGUCUUGUUCAUCUUGAUCCAGGUCAAAAUGAUUUAAUAUUCACACUGAAUGUGCCAAAUUUCCAUUAUGAUCGGCCAUUAUCGACUCCAUUCAAGAUCAACUAUAUACCAUUAUUGCAGAAUCCUCCGUUACAUUUAGCUAUUUUAUUGAGUAAGGAUUCGAAAUUAGUAAUCGACGCUCCUCUCGAAAAACAGAAAACUCAUGAACAUGAGUUGGAUUCUGUAAAGGCAAAACUUCGAUGUGCUGCUUAUUUGUGGCAAGCAUUUACUGCGGAACAAAUGUAUCGUAAUGGUUUUGGAAGAAGAGUAUUUCGAUUAGAUGAAGAUUGGGAGCAAGAUACUAUCACUAAUCAAAACGAUUCAUUACGACAAACUGCCAAAAUACAUCUUAUUCGUACAAAUUAUACUCGCGAGGAGUUAUUGGAUCCCGAAAGAGCUCAACAAUAUCAUCCACCACCAGGCACUCCUCCAACUAAGAAAAAAGAUUUAUUUGUUAUAUUCCUUGAAGCUCUCGCUGAAUAUGGGAAACCUUUCGAUAAUGAUUGUUAUGUGGCUGGAUUAAUUCUUGAUACUUAUUAUGAUCCGAAAAUGAAAUUGAUUCGUGGACAUGCUGCUUUGGGUGGUGGUGCUGGACACGUGAGAUUAGGAAUCUUUGGAAGUCAUACAACACACGCCUGGCCGAGGUAUCUCGAAGAAGUUGUUGAAUGUUUCCAAAAUAGCACAAAGACAGAUGAACGAAUUUUGGCCAAUGAUAAUGGGGAAAGCGAGACAUGGUGGAAGUGUUGCAAUAUUGGUAUAGGAGCCAUGCUUCACGAGGUUGGACACGCUCUGACUUUACCGCAUUCUCUCUCGGGUAUUAUGUCACGCGGAUUCAACAAUCUUAAUCGAACAUUUACAGUAAAGGAGCCGGAUAAUAUCACUCCUAUCACGCCUUCGUUAGAAAAUGGAGCACAUUGGCAUAGAUGUGAUGUCGUUCGUUUUAGAUUUCAUCCGUGUUUCAGACUCUCGUCCGAUCCACCUAAACGACCUGAACUAAAACAUUUUGCACCUGAUUUCUGGUUACUAAAAAACUCUGUUUUAAUUUGCUGUGGAACUUGUGACAUUUCGUUAAUCGAGGUACACGUGAACGGUUCUUAUGUGCAUCAUUUUGAAUACGUCGACGGAAUGAGUACCGGAAAUAUUAAAUUGAACGUUGAGAAAUUGAAAGAAUCUAUAAACUGGCGGGACGGACAAACAAUUCGUCUUCAUGUGAUUGCUCAAAAUCAAAAUGAAAAUACCAUAGAGAAUUUCGAAUCAUUCCUAAAAAAUCAUCAUAUUCAUUUGUCGACUGGGAUGAAAGCAUUCAAAUGUGGAAAAGUUGGACUUGGCGGUGGUCAAGAAUUUCAAACUUUGUUUCAAAAACAAAUCACUGCAAAUUCAUCUCGACAACGAAAACAACAAUCUUCUAAUAACCAGUCUGCUUAUUUAACAAAAAUAUGCAUUAAUGCGGGUGACUUUAUUGAUGGAAUAACAUUUUGUUUCUCGGAUAAAACAUCCACAAGACAUGGUGGUCAAGGUGGAUCGACAUUUGAAUUCGAGUUGUUUGAGGGUGAAAAAAUUGUAGAGAUAAAAGUGAGAUCUGGCGCGUGGAUUGAUGGCUUGGAAAUUUUUAUGAACAGUGGUCGCACUUCUGGGUGGAUUGGCGGUACCGGUGGCUCUUUACAUUUGCUUAAAGUACCAGACGCUUAUGAUAUUAUCGGAAUAUAUGGAAGUAGUAGUUGGGUGAUGGAUUCUUUCGGGAUCAUCUACGCUCCGGCAGAUCUUAGUGAUAUUAUGUCGCAGCUAUUCAUUAAUUACUAA